UCACACCAGGCCCGGCAGGCCACAGCUGGGACACUGCCCUGCUGCCCUGAUUGCGCCGUGUCCCCGAUCCCCAGUGGGGAGGCCCCGUCCCCAGGGUGCUGGGAAAGUGUCUCGCUCCCUCUGGCCCCUCGCUCGGCCGGGCUCAGGAGGGUGAUUUACAGCGGAAGCAGCCCCUGCCUGCUCUCCCUUUGGGUUAGAAGCCGCAAGGGACCGACCCCUUCUGUGUGACCCGGGCCAGCCAGGCCUCUCUUCGCCCAGCCCCGGCCUGCCCUUCUAGCCUGGCCAGGGGCUGGCCAGGCUGGCGGCUGCUGUGGCAUAUGGAUCUCCGUCCUGUUUGGCAAAGCGCAGGUGUGCGGGUUAGGGGAGAUGUCCUCUGUCUCUGCCCCCUUCCCAUAGGGCUGCCUCUCCUGUCACCUUUGCUGCCCUAUGCAAACUCCUGCGGUGUAGCGUGACAGGCGGUUCUGUGGUUAAGACCCUGGAUUUGGACUGCGGAGAAUCUGGCCUCAGCUCCUGGUUCUCGGGCGAGUUGUUUAAGGCCGGACUGGAGUCCUUCCAUUUGCUCGGGUAGGGGUUGGAUCCUCCCCUUAGCCUCUCGCUCCUCGUACCUCGGUGGAAUGUAACGGCCGGGAUGGAAAGUGAGUCCUCUAGAGCAGAGAGUCUCAUUCCAGGGAGCAUCGUCCGGAAGCUUCGUCUGAGGAGUCACGAUGGGAGAACGCCAGGAGGGGGGCUGGCAGGGUGCCCGGAGAAGGCUGGGAAAAGCGAGUGUAGGGGGAUGCGUCAAAUACACCCUGAUCUGGUUUUGGAGGACCUGGCUUUCACCUCUGCUGGAUGGGAGGGCGAGCACUCCCCUCUCCUCUCCGGCUAGCUUUGGCUGCCGCGAGAACGCGUGGUUAUUGCAGCCAGCCCCGGAUUUCAAGCCGACGCCAGCUGCGCCAUGAGCUGUUCCUUGAGCCCAGCAUAAUAUGCCUGUUUGCGGCCGGAGCUGGAAGGAGGCCGUUGAGCUGCACUGGGGUGACCUGGAUCUGAGCUGGCCGGGGCGGAUGGGCAGCCAGCGCUGUUGGCUGCCUGCGUGGUCGCCCCCGUCUGAGCCCCUCACACCAUGGCCAUAGUGCAGACCCGGCCCAUCUCCAUCGAGCCUGCUUCUGAGGCGGCCACCCAGCUCCGCGCCGGCGCCCGCUCGCCCGCCUCUGCCCGCGGCGCCAUGGGGAGCGUUAGCAGCCUCAUCUCCGGCCGCCCCUGCCACGAGCGGCCGUGCAAGGCCGCGCCCGGCCCCUUCCGCCAGCAGGACGGGCUGCUCCAGGCCGGCCCCCUCCAGGGGCUGCCCCCCGCCAAGCCCUGCUCCGGCCCGGCGCCCGGGGGCGGCGCCUACGCCAGCGAGGACUUCUGGGCUGAGGCCGUGUCCCCCGUCAGCCCCUGCAGCGAUGCCGAGGAGCCGCGGGACGAUCGGGCUCGGAGCAGCAACAUCCAGGGGCCGCCCCCGAGGCUGGUCCCCGUCUCCGGGCAGCUGGAGAAGAACGUCGAGAAGACCCUGAUCCGCCCGACGGCUUUCAAGCCGGUCGUGCCCAAGGGCAGGAACUCCUCGCUGCCGGGCUCCGUGGUGCUGCGGCCCGGGGCGUCGGCGCUCCCCGAGAGCCAGGCCAGCCUCGCCCACCUGCUAGGUGGCACCGCCGCGGCCAGCGCCGAGAAGCACCACUCCCUGAGCUGCCGUCACAGCGCCCACUCGGGCACCCUGUCGGACUCGGGGCGCAAUUCCCUCUCCAGCCUGCCCACCUACAGCACGGGCUGCAGCCAGCCGCCGGAGCCGGGCAGCAUCUCCAUGGGCCACCUCAGCCUGGACAGUCACGGCGGGUACCCGGAGCGGGGCUCCCGGGGCCUGGCUGGCCCCUCCAACUCGGACAGCGGGCGCUCCUCCUCCAGCAAGAGCACGGGGUCCCUCAGCGGGCGGGGCCCCCCCUCCUCCGACGGCGGCUCCUGCGCCCGCUCGCCCGUCGAGGGCGACGAGGCGCUGCUCGUCCGCGAGCUGGAGGAGAAGCUGCGGGAGCGGGAGGCGGAGCUGCAGCACCUGCGCCAGAGCCUAGACGAGAACGAGGUGGCCAUCUGCCAGGUGUACGAGGAGAAGCAGAAGCGCUGUGAGCAGGAGAUGGAGGAGCUGCGGCAGGGCUACGCCUCCCAGGUCAAGCAGGCGGCGCAGAAGGCCCAGCGCACGCAGCAGGUGCUGCAGCUGCAGAUCUUCCAGCUGCAGCAGGAGAAGAAGAAGCUGCAGGAGGACUUUGCCCAGCUGCUGCAGGAGCGCGAGCUGCUGGAGAAGAGGUGCGCCUCCUUCGAGCGCGAGCAGACCGAGCUGGGGCCGCGGCUGGAGGAGACCAAGUGGGAGGUGUGCCAGAAGUCGGGCGAGAUCUCCCUGCUGAAGCAGCAGCUGAAGGAGUCGCAGGCGGAGCUGGCGCAGCGGGGCACCGAGAUGCUGCUGCUCCGGGCCCAGCUGCGGGAGGCGCGGGCGGAGCGGCAGGCGGGCGAGGAGCAGGCGCUGGGGCUGCAGGAGGCGGCGCGCACCCGGGCGCUGGAGCUGGAGGUGUGCGAGAACGAGCUGCAGCGCCGCAAGAGCGAGGCCGAGCUGCUGCGGGAGAAGCUGGGCCGGCUGGAGCAGGAGGUGGCGGGGCUGCGGGGGGCGCGGCUCCAGCCCCGCUGCCCGGAGCCGCCCGAGCCCAGCCUGCUGUGGGCCAGCGACGAGGCCAAGGCCCAGCGGCAGGCGGCCGAGACGCUGCAGGGCCUGCGGGCCGAGCUGCUCCAGGAGCGCCGGCGCGGCCAGGAGCAGCGGGCCGCCUUCGAGGCCGAGCGGCUCACCUGGCAGGGCGAGAAGGACCAGGUGAUCGGCUACCAGAAGCAGCUGCAGCACAACUACAUCCAGAUGUACCGGCGCAACCGGGAGCUGGAGCACCACCUGCACCGGCUCAGCCUGGAGCUGCAGGGCCACCGGCUGGACGAGUGCGGCCUGCACGGGGCCGAGAUCUGCUUCGAAGAGAUCACCGCCACCGAGAUCUGAGCCGGGGCAGUGCCGGCUGCCCCCCGAGCCAGAUGGGGGCAGCUGGCAGAGGGGCCCAUGGCUGGUUCAUGGGGGAAGGGGAGCUGCCUGAGCGUGGGAAGAGCCGAUUAACAGCUGAUCCCUUUAGCACUCGGGAGGGGAUUAGCGGCACCUGCUUGUAGCCGGCUGGGGGGGUGCCAGGAUCAGCCCUCUGCCGUAUGGGCCCUGUCACCCCUGCCCCAGAGCCUCCAUCGAGCUGUGGGAAUGGGGCUGGGCUGGGGGAGGGAGGCCCCCCUGUGCCGGGGAGAGCAGGUCCCUUCGUGCCUGCCAGGCUCGCUGGCUGAGCCAGGCUGGCGCGAGCUCGGUGGCACAGCCCCACAGCCUGCCAGCCUGCUGUCGGGGGGGCUCCCCCAGGGGUGGUCUGCGGUGCCAGCUGUGAGAGCAGCGCCCUGCCCCUGGGCUGCCCCCCCCGGGGCUUGCAGGCUGGCGAUUUGCCCAGUCAGUGCAGGGUCCAGCCCAGGGCUUGGGAUCUCCACGUUUCCUCCUUUUGUGGCUUGCUCCCUGCAGAGGCUGUAUCAGUGGGCCGGGCACAGGGUAGAAACCCGAGCGGGGGACGUGCCCUGCACCUGGCCUCACCUGGCAGGGGCUACCCAGCAAGGAGCGAGCAGGGCUGCUCUGCUCUCUGUGUGCCGUCCCCGUGCCUGGCAUCCUCUGCCCACAGCCCGUCGGGCUCGGUGUUCCCUGCGCCCAGCCCUCUGCUCGGGGGGAUCCCGCCCGGGCAGGCUGCCCCUCCGCGAGCCGAACACCUGGCUUUGCAGGGUUUCCUUUCUGUGCCAUGCAAAUGGACUCCAUUUUUGUAGGCCCUACAGAGAGGGCUCUGGGCUCCCCGGGAGCAGGAGCAGUUCAUUAGCUGCGUGAUUCCGCUCCCCAUCCCUCGGCCGGGAGGUCAGUGCACCCCCCCCCCCGCCCUGUGCCUCCCGUUCCCCUGUGCUGAGCUCUGCCCCCCGCCCCCCUGCACUGUUCUGCCAGCCAGCCCCAGCCUGGCUUUGCUGUUUGCUUCCGGCCCAGCCUCUGCCUGGCACGUGCCCCCCACCCCCCCAACCCUGCUGGGAGCACCUCUGCAUGGGGUGCUGCUCGCUGUGGGGAGGCAGGGGCAGCUGUGCUGGGGGUGGGGGCGGGGCUGCAUGAUGCCCAGCGGGCAGAGGGCCAGGGAUCAGCUGCCCCUUUCCCCCUGGCAUGUCCCAGGCUGCUCGGGGAAUGGGCCCCAUGGGCGCUAUGGGGCCAGGCCCUGGACACCAGCUCCCUUGGGGGGAGGGGGGGAUGCCCCAGCCCGUCCUGCAGGAGUUUCACAUGGAGGGGGCCAUGCAGCAGUGGGAGGCACCCCUCCCCCACUCGUGUGUGUGUGAGGCCCCUGUGCUGGGAGAGGCAGGGUGGGGGGGGGAUGGUGAGUGGGGCAGCGCUGGGCCAGACGCCCGCCAGCCCUUGGCUGAGUCACGUCGCCCGCGGGUGCCAGCCCUCAAGGCCGGGCUCCUCCUGGGGCCUGCUCGUACCGUGGUGAUACCAAGGCGGGGGCAGCUGGGGGGCACCAGCCUGCCUUGCUGGAGUGUAGCCGAGGGGCUGGGGCAGCUGCUGUGCCCAGCCUGUGUCCCCCUCCGGGAUCUGCUGUGCCCGGUCUGGCAGCUGCCAUCCCGCUGGCAGCGUCCCCAGCCUGACCCCCCCCCAGCUCUCCAGCUGCAGCCCCUGAGGGGGUGCCUGUGCCUGGGGGAGGGGGGUGCCCUACAAUACAGGAUUAGAUCAAAUGAUUUAAAAACAGCCCCCCCCCACCCCGGUCUGCCCCGUGGGGCCUGGCUGCCCUGGCACGAAGGGCAGGGUUGGCACCAGACCAAAGGGACAUCUGGGCUGUGUCCAUCCCGUUACCCAUCCCCCCUGCCCGGGCAGCGCCAGCCAGCGUGGGGUCGGGGUGUUUUACUUUAUUUCUGACCUUGUCUGGUUCUCAGGCUGUGUAAAUUUCUUGUACAAACCGAGAGGAAAGUGCUAAUAAAACCCACCCCUCUGUUUUUAA